GUCUUGUUCCAUCUUGUGUGAUGUUUGGAGUCAAAACAGAGAAAAUCUAUAAAGGGUCCAAGGACAGACUGUUCAGAGGCUCAUUCUGUGCGGUCACCGGCAGAAGUCUCCACCAUGGCCUGCCAGGGUGUCUGGUGCUGUCUGGUGAUUCUCAGUGCAUUUCUGUUUGCAGGUUGUGCAGCAGAACAAGAUCGGUUUCACUAUGAUUAUAUGAGGCUCCGGAUGGGAGGUCUGAUCUUUGCUGGUGUCAUGCUGACCAUUGGGGUUAUUGUCCUGCUGACUGAUUUUAACCUAUGCAAAAAGAAGAAAAAGGAGCCAUGUAAACCUGCAUUACAGGCAGAAAUCUGAAUGCAGCUUUGGAUGUGAAUGGAGUAUAAAACACACAAUAUAAAGUCUUGAGGACUGACUGAAACCUGAGAACCUUCUAACAGAUGUUCACAGCACCACUAGGCACUAAAUUGUCCUUAUCUGCAGGCGGCAAGAGAAAGUUAAAGACACACUCAGUGCUGGACUUGGAUCACUUGCUCCUUGGAUCCCUCACUUUUAAGUGUUUUGGAAGGAAUGUGAUGCCCAGGACUAUAAUAUAAUAAAUUUUAUAUAUAUAUAUAUAUAUAUAUACACACACACUCUAUGUAAUUAUAUUGGAUGUACUGGGUAUUUAUAUUGACUCUUGGCAUGAGGUCUAUUUCAUAAGCUACAUAUACAGUAAAUAUUUGCAGAAAUGUUUACACUGCUGAAGGCGUGAGAACUUUUGCACUUUUGCAUACUGCUACAGAAAAAAAAAUGAAAUUGUGCAGUGGCACCUGGGGCUCAUCAAUGGUACUACUGCAAAAAACAUAUAAGUUUUGCCACCUAGUGGUCAUUAGUGGUAGUGUUUCAAAGAAAUGUCUAAAGCCACCUGUGCCAUCUGGUGGCCUUUAGCAUUAUUUUGC